AAUUGGGAUGUCUUUGAUAUUAAUCUUACCCUGCGCCCACUGGGGGGUGUUGCGAUGAUGGUGACUAUCUUAUCAAAACAUGCACACCCAUGUGACCAUCGGAUGCGGAAGUCGCAUUCGAAGCAAACUUUGGCGCUUGACGCAGAGAAUAUAUUUCUUACUAUAUUCUGUAAACUACAAAAGUUUGUUAAAAUCUGGAAAUAUGACAAGCUUCACGCAGAAAAUAAAAGACAGUGUGCCAGAUAAACCGACGAUAAAUCUUGGCGAAAGCGACUUGCAGAAAUGGGGCUUGCAAGGGAUAACGCUGAGAACGUAUCAGUUGGAUGGAGUGAGGUGGCUCGUUCAGUGCCUUAAGAAUCAAGAAGGAUGCAUUCUAGGGGACGAAAUGGGCCUGGGCAAGACUUGUCAGACCAUCUCUCUGCUGGUGUACAUGAGCGGAGCGAUGGGGAUAAAGGGGCCGUUUCUGGUGCUCAGCCCGCUCUCUGUCAUGGAUAACUGGAGAACAGAGAUGAAACGUUUUUCUCCAGGGCUGACUGUUUUGAGUUACACCGGAGACAAGGACGCGAGGGCGAAGCUACAGAGAAACAUGGACACCCUGGACUUUCAGGUUCUGCUGACUACCUAUGAGCUGUGUCUCAAAGACGCCACGUUCUUAAAGAAGCGGAAAUGGAAGAUUAUUGUGGUAGACGAGGCCCACAGGCUGAAGAAUCAGAACUCGUUGUUGCACAAAACCCUGACUGAGUUUUCUGUGGGCUUUAGAGUCCUGUUGACUGGGACCCCCAUCCAGAACAACCUGCUGGAGGUCUACUCCCUUCUCAACUUCAUCCAGCCCAGCCUUUUCGCCGCCGACAAGAAGGACAACUUUGUUGACACGUACGCCCACGUACAGUCCCAACCUUCUCUUGCCAGCGAUCUCCAGAGCAUCCUGCAGCCCUUCCUGCUGCGCAGGGUGAAGGCCGAGGUGGCUGCCGACCUGCCCAGGAAGACAGAGCUGGUGGUGUACCACGGCAUGUCAGCCCUGCAGAAGAAGUACUACAAGGCUCUCCUGAUGAAGGACCGCGAUGCCUUCGGACGCGAGGAGGCCGGCAAGACACGACUGCUGAAUAUCCUGAUGCAGCUGAGGAAAUGCGUGGACCACCCGUACCUGUUUGACGGUGUGGAGCCUGAGCCCUUUGUGAUGGGGGAGCAUCUUGUCGAAGCCAGUGGGAAGCUGUGUCUGCUGGACAGCAUGCUGUCCUAUCUACAUGACGGGGGCCAUCGUGUGUUGCUGUUUUCCCAGCUGACCCGGAUGCUAGACAUAGUGCAGGACUACAUGGAGUACAGAGGAUACAGCUACGAGCGCCUGGAUGGCUCUGUCAGAGGAGAGGAGAGGAACCUGGCUAUCAAGAACUUCAGCAGCAAGGAUGUGUUCGUCUUCCUGCUCAGCACCAGAGCAGGGGGAGUAGGGAUGAACCUGACAGCUGCGGACACGGUCAUCUUCAUGGACAGUGACUUCAACCCCCAGAAUGACUUGCAGGCAGCUGCACGUUGUCAUCGCAUUGGUCAAACCAGGGCUGUGAAGGUGAUCCGUCUCCUGGGUAGAGACACGGUGGAGGAGAUUGUGUAUUCCCGGGCCGUGUCCAAGCUGCGCCUAACCAACACGGUGAUCGAGGAGGGCCGCUUCUCCCUGCUGGAGAAGGCCCAGUCUGCUGCUGCCGGGCUUCAGUUGAGUGAGGUCCUCAAGUUCGGAGUAGACAAGCUGCUGUCGUCCGAGGAGAGUACAGUCCAGGAAGUGGACCUAAGUUUGAUCCUGGGUCCGUCGCGGGGCGGGGAGUGGCUAUCCAACGAUGACCUGCCCAGGGUAGAAGAGGAGGACUCCGAACCCGACAGCCAGAACCACAUGUACUGCUUCGAGGGGAGAGACUACUCCAGGGACCCCAGCUCUGAGGACCAGCGCAGCUUUGAGCAGCUGCUGGAGGAACAGCUGGAAGGGCCGGACCAGGCUGGGGGAGAGGGGCGCGCUCUGCGCCACAAAGCUGGAGGCUCUCUGGCGGGGCCUCUGGGGCUGGCGCCAAGGAAGAGGAAGGUCCUGAGCGAGGCAGAGCUCGAGGCGAAGAGGAAGAGGGGCCAGGAGGCUGCAGCCAAGAGGGCCAAGCUACUGGAGGACAGGAAGAAGAACCAGCAGGAGCAGAAACAGAAGAAGAAGAUGGCGUGGUGGGACUCUUGCGGGUACAGAUCCAGGUGCUUACCCUCGGUGGAGAGUGAGGAAGAGGAGGAGGAGGACGGCAGCAUCUGCUCCACAGAUUCCGAACGUACCGACAUCCGCUAUGUGCUGGGGGACGUGGCCCAUCCGCACGCCACCGGCGGUGACGCCAUCAUAGUACACUGUGUUGAUGACUCCGGCAGGUGGGGCAGGGGCGGGCUGUUCUCAGCACUGGAGACACGCUCCGAUGAGCCCCGCAAACAGUACGAGCUGGCAGGAAAGAUGAAGGAUCUGGAACUGGGGCGUGUGCUGCUGUUCCCGAUAGACGACCGACAGUCCAGACUGGAUGGCCAAGACCAUCUGGCGCUGGCAGUGGCACAGCACAGAGAUCAGGCCAACAACCUAUCUGGUAUCCUGCUGCCCUCCCUCGAGAAAUCCCUCAGGGCGAUCUCUCAUGUGGCGAGAAGGAAAAAAGGUAACAUCUGUUCUCACCGUUCGAGCGUUCACCUGCCGAGGAUCGGCCACUCCACCAAAGGGUUUAACUGGUAUGGGACAGAGAGGUUGAUCCAAAAGCACCUGUCGUCACAGGGUGUGUCCACCUCCAUAUACUACUACAGCAGGACAGCGUCUGCUAAGGCUACAGCAGCAGCAGUACCCGGUACCUCCACAGGAGGGGCGUUCUCUCCGGCGCGGUCCCCAGGAUCGGACGGGCCCAGUGCGGGGGAGGAGGAGGAGUGUGAGGGGGGCCCCGGAGGCUCCAGCCUGCCUGACUUCAUGAAGGGAGUUCACGUCUUCUUCUACAACCUGGCUGCCUUGGAGCGGAAGAGGCUGGCUCGCUACCUGCUGUCGUAUGAUGGCGAGGAGGAGGAGGUCAUGAGUUCAGAGGUCACACACAUUGUCGCCGAAGUGGAAAGUCCCAUCCACUCACAGAGACAUAAUGAUGCUGCCCACUCAACGAAACGCCACCACAGCAGCAAGAAGUUACAGCCCACGCCCUCAAAUACACCCCCACACAUACAGACUUCCUUCCGAUCCCUCCCUCCCAUGCCCACCUGUCUGCUGGGAAGUUGUCAGAGCGCGUCGACCAACACCCCCGAGGAGGACGACGAGACCAUGAGCAACGGUUGUGAGAAGGACGCUGUUCCCGAUCCCGCAUCCAGCCCCCACCCUUGUCUUCAAAGCCCGCCUGGCGACCACGCCAGCUUUCUCGGCUACUCUACUUUCCGCCGACAAGGCCAUAUGAGAGAUCAGGAUGCGCACCCACAACGACACGCCGGAAAUCACGCCCGACCGCUGCCGAGCUUCGGCCUUUACCAGCCUCCCUUGGGUCUUCCCGCUGGCUACAGCCAGCCUACACCCUUCCCCAGCGGGGCAGAGGGCUCCUGGCUUCACCCCAGCUAUGCCAGCGGCUGGUCUGGGCCUGGGGCCUACCCCAGCAGCCUUCCCUCCUGCCUGGUGCCUGGAGAUUACCACAGCUACCCAGCGCAGAGGCCUUAUUCCUCCAGCAAAUCUAUCUCCCUCCCAGGCAGGUACAGCCCCAGCAUGGGCAGCCUGGAGCAGCCUGGCUCCCUCCACUCUAACCCUCCCUCAGCAGACAUGCACCAACACACCGUUCCUUCAUAUUACUUUCCGCCCCAGAGGGCAGCCUGCUGUGCUCAGUGCCCUGUUGACAUCUUCAAGAUGGGGCCUGUGCCUCACCAAGGUCCCAGCGUUGGAUACCGGCCACCUUAUGACCCUUUGUGUUCAGAUACUGGUCGGCCUCCAAUUGGAGGCCACAUGCACAGCUCCCGUGUGCACCCCAAUGUUCCCAAAGCUCAGCUAGGCAGUGCAGCACUGUCCCUGGAGCAGAGAAGGGUGUUUGUGACUUAUGAGGCAGACAACGAAAAGCACGUCAACGAUGUGAUCAACUUUGUGGGACUCCUGCGACACAAUGGCUUCGAUACGCACAUUGACAUGUUCGAGCAGCAGUUUAGGAGCAUAAGCAAGAUUGACUUCAUGGAGAGGUACCUCAGUGAGAAGGAGUACCUGAUCAUCAUCGUCAUCAGCCCCAAAUACUACGAGACGGUGACUGCUGCCCCGGUCAGUCUGCAACACGACGAGCAGACGCUCGCCACAGUCUACAUCCACAAGCAGCUACAGAAUGAAUUCAUUCAGAACGGGAGCAAGAACUUCAGAUUUAUUCCUAUUGUGUUUCCUGGAGCCCAGAAGUGCCAUGUCCCCACCUGGCUACAGAACACCCACGUGUACAGCUGGCCCCGGGACCGGGACGACAUCCUCCGACGCCUGAUGAGAGUGGAGAAGUAUAACCCUCCUCCCAUCGGUGAGCUGCCCACCAUCAUCUCCAUCCCCAUCUAGACCCCAGCCCCACCUAGACCCCAGCCCCACCUAGACCCUGCCCCACCUAGACCCUGCCCCAA